AAAGAAGAAAGAGAGAAGGAAGAGUUUCUUCCUCUAUGCUAAAUCAUUGACAUAGACAUUCAAAUAUCCUAUAGCUCGGUGUCUUACACCGGUUUAUACGAAAAAGGUCAGAGAUGGAAACGUGAGCAAAGAGCAAGGCUGGAUUUGAAGAAAAUAACAUUAGUUCCAGCAUCGAUCCCUUUUAUCGGUAUAUCCUUCUACAGAUUUGCUUUCAAUGGUUUUUGACGAGCUGAUAUUAAAAUAACAAGAGGACGUCUUUGAGAUCGUUUUAAAGACGGCUGCUCUAGCAGACUAUGCCGAAGAUUUCGAAUAAGAAGGAGCCGAUUUAGAAGAUCCAACGGAGUUUCUCUCGCGAGAUGAAGGCAGAAUCGACUCGAGAGUAAAACGUCUACGAUCCUAUCCAAGGUAUCUCGAAACAGAUCGAUCGGGAGAUUUUUCUAGUGUUUGCAAAGUGACGACGAACGACGUUAUGUCGGAUCGAACGGAGACGAUGUGGAUAUAAUUUCGAAAAAAUACGCACGCGAUAAGUCAAGAAAUCAAAGAUGAGAACGAUCCUGACGAUUUCAACGCUGUGUUGCGUUCUACGAUUCGCCAAGAGCUACAACGUUCUACUAGCCACGAUGGGUGGUACAAAAUCGCACACUGUACCGUUCGUUGCUCUUGGUAACGCUUUAAAAUCGCGAGGUCACAACGUGACCUUAGUAAGCGCGUUCUCAGGACCAGGAAUUAACAACGGGCUCAAUGAAUUGGUCCCAACGAUUCUCGAAUCUUACGUAUAUAAUUACACUUCGGAAUGGGACUUGGUGGGUGCCAGAUUCCGCGAUGAACUUCCACUUUCGCCGUGGAACGCGAUGAGAUACGGUUGGGAAGCGUGCGAGGCUUUGUUACAAGACGACGUCUCGGUCACUGCUCUCAGAAAACCGGAUGGAAGUCAACACGAACGAUGGAACGUUGCCGUGGUCGACGGUGCUUAUCCGGAAUGUCUCUUGGCUAUCUUACACGAGGAAAACGUACCUACGAUCAUGUUAAAUACGGUUGCUCUGUACAGUGGUUCGAUGACCCGUCAAGGAAAUCCGUCUCCCUGGUCGGUGACACCGUAUUUCGGAAAAGCCUUAACGCAAGACAUGAACUUCUUACAAAGAGUAAUCAAUGCCGCCUGUCUGAUCACUUUAGAAAUCAUGUAUUGGAUCAUGAUCACUGUCUAUCUACAGCCCACGCUUCGAAAGUACCUAGGCGAACAAAUACCCGACGUAAGAUAUCUGACCUCGGAAAUACCGUUGACUCUACAAAAUAGCCAUUACAGCGUAGCCGAUUCCAUGCCGUAUUUGGCGAACGUGGUAAAUGUGGCGUGUCUGCAUUGCAAACCAGCAAUGCAACUCAGUCCGGAUUUAGAUUCGUUUUUGCGUCGAGGAUUCAUCUUCGUCUCGAUGGGUUCGUCCGUGAGAGCUUCCGGGAUGCCUACAGCCUUGCGUGAAAUUUUUGUAGCGGUUUUUGCUACUCUACCUUACAACGUCGUAUGGAAAUGGGAAGGAGGGAAAAUAAAGGAUCUUCCGGUAAACGUAAGAACGGCAGCUUGGUGGCCUCAACAAGAACUUCUGGGACAUUCGAAACUUCGUGCUUUCGUUUCGCACGGUGGUCUUUUAUCUCUGCACGAAGCAGCUUUUCACGGUUCACCGACUUUGGUACUGCCCGUUUUCUGUGAUCACGAUGGAAACGCGGCUCAAGCCGAGAAAUUAGGUUACGCUCUAGUGAUGGACUUGGCCGAAUUAUCGAUAGGAAGCCUUCGCGAGGGAAUCCUUAAAGUUGGAGCAACGCGAAACAACACAUACAGGAAGGCUGCGAAAAAACAAAGUAUUUUAUUACGAGAUCUUCCAAUAGGUCCCCGAGAACUUGCAACAUGGUGGAUCGAACACGUCGCGAGACACGGCGAGGCCGAUCAUCUGAAGAGUACGACGAGACGCAUGGGCGUAAUACGUUAUUAUUCCUUGGACGUUGGCGCGUUCUACACGAUAAUCAUCAUGGCGCUGAUCUACGGAUUAAAACGUUUAUGUUGGACACCGAUAACGAAGCAGAGAAUUUUCAAAAAGAAGAUAGACUGAUUUCGAACGACAGACCCUUGCUUUAAAUCCGACGUUUAACGACGCUUCAAGUACCUUCGAUUAUCUUCUUAGAUUUGUACUUAGAUCUUUGUAAUCGUAUUUAAAAGAAAAGAAAAAAAGAGAGGAACGAAUAAAGUACGUUCGAUCGUU